AUGUCAACAGAUGCAGUGACACCUUACUGCAUAUGGUAUCCUGAUGUAGCCACAGAAGAGACAUAUCGCGAAUUAUCUCGGCGGUAUCCAAGGAUGCGGCAUCAAGUUGGAAGAGCUUGCGCAGUGGCAGGUUAUAACAGGCUAUACGACGAGCUCCAACUGCUUCCGGACGUCUGCAUCGCGGAAGAGGCUGAAGAUAACAACAACGCCUACAUCCGAGACGCUAUCUCAAGCAAGCAAGUGAGAUACGCCGUUAUGAAUGACUACACAAGGACCAUCAACAUCGAUGCACCGAGAGCCAGCGCGAAUCUUAACGGGGACACGGCGGUCAGGUCGUCUCUGGAAAAGAAACACGGAUUUGAUUUCCUUGAAGAUUCCAGCCAUUACUUCGACAUACAAGAGGAUCGCCACGUACGCCCUUUGUAUUGGCGUGGCCCUGAGCAUACAGCUCUGCCGAGCAAGUAUUCAGACCUGACGUACAAGCCACUAACCCCUGAUAUACCGCCUGUCAACAAGGAUAUCCUCAUUCUGAUAGCUGCUUGGGAUGGAAACAUUGAUCGCUAUUCACGUCUAAGGCGCCCGAAAACUAUCAACAACGAGAUCUCGGCCGUCAUUCGCGGAGCAUAUCAUCACACCCCCUUUGCGAGAUGGUUGGAUGGCUGCCUGGACGAUCUGUUUGCUGACAAGUCGGAAAGCAUGCCAAUCCGACAAGCCAUAAACGCCCGGUUCAUAAUGAAUGAUGAUUUGUCCAGAGCAGACAGGUUUACGCACGGCAAUACCCUUCCGGAGUUUUUCUGGUGGCCUCGCUGUCCCCAUGAAGACACGCUAAAGGAGUUCGCAUGGCGACGGCCUGACAUGAAACACCAAACAGCCCUGGCGUGUAUCGUUGGCCAGUAUCGACAUCUAUUUGAUGAGCUGAUAGCCGACUUGGAACCCACUCAGGGCUUAUUGGAAGUUGCUUACCAGUGUCCAGAUGAGCACUAUCGAAAGCAAGUCAACCGGUGCGCAGAGGCGCGCGGGGUAGAGUUUUACUCCAUCAGAGGAGUCGACGGCUGGGACGGACAUCAUUGGGCGAGAAGCAGGAAGCACCUUCAGCCCCGUAAAGAGAUAUACCCCCCCUUUCUUCCCUUCUACCUUUUCUUCUUUGCAGUUUGCUGCCUGGAGGUGCACCUUGUUGACUGCUGUAUGACUCUGACGGGGAAAUAUAUAGAGGGUUAUAGUGUAACCUCUAUAGCUAGCCUAUAG